UUUUUUUUUUUUAUUGUCGCUCCUCGUGAUUCAACGCGUACAGUUCGGGGGAAACGUUUGCUUCGAUGCACGUGCGUCACCUUAUAAAGAACUUGGUCGAGUGAAUAACUUUUUUUUUUUUUCCUUUUCCCACUCCUGGUCCUCUGUUCGUUUUCCCACGUGUCCCGUACAAAUCGUCGGUCAUUGGGCUAUACGCGGUGGGCAUCUCCGUGGAUGAUACUUGUGGCAUUGUCUUCGUUCGAGUGGCCUUUUCUCCUUUCUUGGAGUCCCACAAGCAGGUGAAAAACGAAGUGCUCCCUUUCAGCUACGUACAGCAGUUCAUCUCACCCCUGCAUCACUGAUGAGAAGAAGAAGAAGACGACGACGACGAAGCUAAGCUCUUUGCUGCCUUAUCUCUACAUUUGCGUGCCUACGAAAAAAAAAAAAAAAAAAAAAAAGAGAAAAAAAAAGAUGACCGCGAGCGAAACGACAAGCUCGGCAAGCUGCUGCUGCAAGCCGCCUCCGUUGUCGGGAACGAUAUUCAGCUGAGUCUUCAUGUACAAGAUGUCGAGAGGGAUUUCCCACGCCGGAGUCGAUAGGCCACUGGACGUUUUUUUUGGCCAGUGCCUGCUGAUCAGCCAAGGGGACGCACGCUCGUAAAAAUCCACGUGGGAAGCUCAAAAGUUCCAUCUACAUAAUCAUCAAAUCAACGAGGGAAAGAGAGAGGGGGACAAAAGACGAGGAUUAUGAUCACCUGCUGGGUACUGGUAGCGGUGCUCGGUGCUCUCGUGCUCCUCCACGCGCUCUUCGAGGUCCACUACUUCCUGCGCAUGUUCACCACCGUAUUCUUUGCUCGCUUUUGCCGCAAACGCGUGCACAUACUCGACGAGACUUCGGUUUACGGCCUCUGCACCACAACGGACGUGGAUUGGCUACUGUACCACAUGAACAAUGCCAGGUAUCUGCGAGAACUCGAUUUCGCCCGAGCUGACUUUUACGAGCGCACGAAUCUCUAUCGGGAGAUAUGCUCGCAGGGCUCGGGUGUUGUCCAGGGAGCAGCGACCAUACGCUACCGGAGGUUCCUCAAGCCGCUUACUAUUUUUAAGAUUACUUCUAAGAUAAUUUACUGGGACGAGAGGUCGAUCUUCAUGGAGCACCGCUUUGUCACACCGUCGGACGGCUUUGUGCGGGCGAUCGCCAUGUGCCGGCAGCGCGUGCUCGACUGCAGCGCUGAAGCCGUCAUGGGCGUCCUUAUCGAUCGGGGCGUCAAGCAGAACGGCAACCUAGAGUCUGGCGUCACGCAGGUGCCACACGUACGCCCGGAAAUACCAGCGGAAGUGGCUAGGUGGUUGGAGAGCAAUGAUAUUUCCUCGGCGAAUCUGCGACAACAAGCGCAAUUGCCUCCACAAGCUGUAUCGACGCAUUUCUGACGAACAGAAGAAGCCGUCGUUUUAUCAGUGACAACGACGGCUGUUUUACCUGCAGCCAACGGCCGCGACGAUCAGUCGGUCAGCGAGACAACCUACGUUUGAUUGAUUUUUCUUUUUUUAAUUUUUUUUUUUUUUUUUUUUAUGUACAUGAAAUCGGUAACUCUUCCCUUACUGAUGGAGCUCAAGGAGCCUCUGCUGUGGUUUACACGUACUGGCCAAAUCAGUCUUUCUAGUCUGUGUGAUGUGUUGUUUGUAGGAGGCCAGGUGAUACUGUGAAACAGAGACAAUCGCUCGAAUAAAUUUGCAAACGCGUUUAUGAAUUAAUGCAAUCGAGUCAAUAUCAACGAUUGGCUCCUACUUCCACUGCAUUGUUGUGUAUAAAGAUAAUUAUGAAUAAAAGUUAUUGAACUAAAUGAA